AUGGCGGAAGAACAUGGAUGCCAAGCUCCCGAAGGUCACAGACUCUGCGCCAACAACUGCGGCUUCUUCGGUAGCCCCGCCACCAUGAAUCUCUGCUCCAAAUGCUACAGAGACAUCCGAUUGAAGGAAGAAGAACAAGCCAAAACCAAAUCCACCAUCGAAACCGUUCUCUCCUCGUCCUCCUCCUCUUCCGCAGCCGCCGCAACCGUCUCCACCGCUGUGGUUUCCUUGCCUGCGCCGGUUGAAUCCCUCCCUCAACCGGCGGCGGUGACCGCGCCGGACGCGUGCGCUCCGUCUCAGGCGAACCGGUGCGGCGCGUGCCGGAAGCGCGUGGGGUUGACGGGGUUUAAGUGCCGGUGUGGAACCACGUUCUGUGGGACCCACAGGUACCCCGAGAAACACGCGUGUGGCUUCGAUUUCAAGGCGGCGGGGAGAGAGGAGAUAGCUCGGUCGAAUCCUGUGAUCAAAGGGGAGAAGCUACGGAGGAUUUAA